AUGUUUUUUGAAAGCUUUGUCAUCUGCUUAAUAAUAAAUUUAACAGCUACAAGCGAAGUUAUAGUUUACAUCUCUGAAGAAGGCGAUGUGGAAGCUUCAGCCAUUCUUCGGCAUUUGAAUAUUUCCAGAAUGUAUUACUCCAACAAAUUCGGAGUAGAUGAUAUCACUUUAAAUCAUGCUGUGAUUAAAAACACAACAUCAUCAGACGAGCACAUGGAAAAUGUGCGAGAGGUAUUUGGUUGGCUACCAGUUUUUACCAAUUUUGUCCAGAUUGAGCAAAAUCCAGCUAAACGUCUUGAACAAGUCAAUAAUAUCUCUUCUUCGAAGUAUGUCAUUAUCUUUGCUGAAACAGCCAUAGCAGAAAUGCUAGUAGAAGAGGACAUAACGCCUUUUCGAUGCGAAGAGUGCUCCUCUAUAAAUUUGUUCUGGAUCAGACCUUAUGCUACUGGAAAAGCUUCCGACAUGCGCGCUUUGAGGGAGUUUCUCGUUGAUUCUGAGUUUAAUUUAGAGUUCAAUUAUUCUAUAAAAGGUUCGGAAGAGGUUGAAGUCUCAUUUUACUUCCAUGUUAUGAGUUUCGCCUUCGAAACUCUUAUAAACACGAAAAACCGAUCAAGCAAACCCCUUUCUUCUAAAUUCACAAAAGAGGCUGCCUAUUCAUUCACAGAUGUGUUGACUGUGCUCAAUAGCCCCGUGCCGCAGUAUGGGGCUUUUGAACGGCUUGGUGACUCGAUUUUUUACGAGAACGUACGAGUCAAAGUCUACAGAGUUGAGCGAACAAGCGAUCACCCUGAAGAGACGUUCAACAAAGAGAUCGCUUCUUGGACUAUAUUGGGUAACAUUACAACUCUAUACGAAAGCCUGAACGUUGAUGUCAAGAGCAUCAAAGAAUACCGGAUUGCUACAACACUUGUAAGCUCUUCGUUUGAUGACCUGCCACCGUUCGUUCAAGUCAGUGAAGAUCCUAAGAAGCCUUACGAAGGGUACUGCAUUGACCUCAUCGAGCUAAUCCGUGAAGAGUUAAACUUCACUUAUACUAUCUAUGAGGUAGAGGAUGGAUCAUUCGGCUCAGUUGAUCGAAAUGGAAACUGGAAUGGGCUUAUUGGUGCCUUAAUGUCGGGAUCGGCAGACAUUGCUCUGGCUCCUCUUACCGUGAACGCGGAACGCGAGAAUGUUGUUGACUUCACGGUGCCUUACUACGAUCUUGUUGGUACUACAAUUUUGAUGAGGAAACCUGAUGUAGAACAUUCACUAUUCAAAUUUACAAAGGUGCUAAAAUGGCCCGUAUGGCUGUGCACAGUGGCUGCUUAUAUCGUGAUGAGCACCACUCUAUGGCUCUUCAACAGAUUCAGUCCAUACUCGUAUUCCAACAAUAGAAGAAAGUGA